AUGCCAGAUCACUUGUUGAUAAAAACACCUCUAGGAAAACUAACUAAUCGCUCCUUGCCAUUGCUGAUAUUGGUUGCUGCAAUAAUACUCUGGGCUGUUGGGGCAUUGGAAGGCACCUACCCGUGCAUGUGGGGUAGUGGUACUAUUCUGUCAUGGAUAUAUCUGAGGUUUUGGCAACGGCAUAGCAGCGGCUCAAGGGGGGAUAUGGCUGACAACUUUAGUUUUGACAAUUUCUUCCCGACCGUGCUUCAGCCGUUAGUCCGCGGCAUACUCGGGCCGCCGGCACGUUGUCUCGCGAGGUUAGGGAUCUGCACGCCAGCGCCGCGCCGCGUCACUCUGGCGCUCAGCCCUCGAGGAGUCACCAUCUCGCUGCCCGGCGUAGAGCCCCAUGAUAUGGAGAGACGGCGGCAAAUCGCGCUGAAAGCAUUGAGCGAGCGAUUGUCGAAGACUUCUGAGCAGACGCGACAGAAGAAUCUAUCGACCAAAGUUAAUAUGGAUGCUGUGAGGAAGAUGCAGGCCUCUCACGUGAUCCCACAGUUCUCCGCGGCUGAGGUGGCGGAAGCAAAACCCCCAACUAUACCUGAGACAACUCUUGUUGACAUCAGCACGGAACCCUCGACCCCAACAACAAAGACCUCA